AUGAUCGAAGGUGAAGAUCUACUGCUCUGUUCAACGUGCGGCACGCAGUUCGACACACCAGCUUCCAACCCACCGUCGGGCUACUGUAGAAUCUGUGAUGACCCACGUCAGUACAUUCCUGUAACUGGACAAUCUUGGACGAGUUUGAAAGCCGAAGCUGGAAAGCAUGAGACCAAGUGGAAGCAAGAUGAGCAUGACCCUCGUAUCUGGUCCAUCUGGGCGGAACCAAAGCUCGGCAUCGGCCAACGAGCACUCCUCCUCCAAACACCUCACGGCAACAUUCUCUGGGACUGCAUAGCCUACCUCGACCAACCCCUCAUCGACUUCAUCAACUCCCUAGGCGGCCUAGAAGCAAUGGUAAUCUCCCACCCCCACUUCUACACAACCCACAUUUCCUGGUCCGCCACUUUUUCCUGCCCCGUCUACGUCCACUCUCUCGAUCAACAAUGGCUAUCCCGUACUCCUCUGCCCUCAACCAAGAGAGUGCUGCUCAAAAAGCAGUAUGAGGAGAUUGUGCCAGGUGUCACUGCUAUAAAGGUAGGAGGACAUUUUGAGGGUAGUAUGGUGUUGCAUUGGGAUGGCCAUUUGUUCAUUGCUGAUACGUUUGUUAAUGUACCUUCUGGUUUCUACCGUAAAGACAGACCGAAGGGGACUACUUCGUUUUCUUUCAUGUGGAGUAUCCCGAAUAUGAUACCUCUUUCUCCAGACACAAUUCACGACAUGUGGAAGGCAGUCAAACCAUACGACUUUACAGUCACGCAUGGAUUGUUCCAGGGUUGGACUAUCAUCGAUGAGAAUGUCAAGCAAAGCGUGCUCGAGAGCAUGAAGAUUCAGGUCAGAAACCAAGGGUUCGCUGAGCAUGCUUUAUUGCAUGAGGAGUGA